AUGCAGAGGCCAUCCAACGAGCCAUUACUGUCCUCCUCAAUGUCUUCUUGGGACUGCAUGUUGCCGGGUCCUCCUUCCAAGAACAAUGGCGGAGCAGCCGACCUCUCCGCUGGCGGCCUCCUCGCUUACGCCGCCGGAAGCUCCUUAUGCAUAGUGGAUAUUAAUUCUAUGCAACUUGUAUUUACCUUUCCUCUACCUCCUCACCCUUCCUCCGCUGGCACCAACGCCGCCGCUUCGCUGUCUCCCUUCAUCACUGCAGUCCGGUGGUCCCCUCUUCCACUCCCGCAUCACCUGUUAGAAAAUUCGUCGUCCCAUUUACUUCUUUCCGUCGGUGAUCGCCAUGGCCGCAUCUCUCUCAUCGACUUUCGCUUGAAAUCUACCCUUCUGCACUUUGAUACUAGUAAUUCAAGUUCCUCCAAAUUGGGCAUUCAAGAUCUUUGCUGGAUCCAGGUCCGACCCGACUCCUGGGCUCUCGGUGUUAUCUCUGGAUCCUCGUUGCUCUCUCUUUACAAUACUACCACGGGCCGCUGCUUCUUCAAAUACGACGCCUCGCCGGAAUAUUUUGCAUGUCUCCGUCGGGACCCAUUUGAUGCCCGUCGUUUCUGCGCAUUGGGCCUCAAGGGCUUUUUGCUAUCGGUGAAAUUACUUGGGGACUCCGAGAAUGAUGUCAUUUUGCAGGAGCUUCAAAUUCGUGCUGAUACAUCCGAAUUGCAGAGACUGGAGAGGGAUUCUAGUGGUAGUAGCACUAAUAAUGGGGCACCAGCUCUGGCUGUAUUCCCAAACUAUGUGGUGAAAUUCACGUUUUCACCACACUGGAAGCAUGUGAUAUUCGUGGGUUUUCCUAGGGAGCUGGUGGUGUUUGACUUGCAGUAUCAAUCGGUAUUGUCCUCAGCAGGGUUGCCAAGAGGGUGUGGCAAGUUUUUGGAGGUUUUGCCGGAUGCAAAUACUGAGGUACUAUACUGUGCUCAUUUGGAUGGGAAGCUCAGUACUUGGCGGAGGAAAGAAGGAGAGCAGGUGCACAUGAUGUGCUUGAUGGAAGAAUUGAUACCCUCUAUUGGCACAACUGUACCUUCUCCCUCAGUUCUUGCAGUCGCUAUCUCCCAGUCAGAUUCCACACUCCAAAGUAUUCGCAAGCUUUGUUCUGAUGCUUCUUCAAUUGAUUUGGACUUUGAUAACCCUUUUGAUUUUCGUGAAGAAUCUCGUAUCAUUUCUAAGACACAUUUAAUAUCCAUUUCUGAUGAUGGAAAAAUAUGGAAAUGGCUCCUGACUGCUGAAGGAUCUGGAGAUGCUCAGAAGGAUAUAGCACAAAAAGACAAAGUUACUGAAGUCGGUAAAGUUCCAGUGCCAGAAUCUGAAUCUUCGACGGAAGUUAUGUCUACUAAUGAUCCUAUACUGGAUGCUAUAACCCAGUCAGAUGAGACAUAUAGCAAUUAUAAUCACCACUCAAGUCCUGCUAGCAUCCAGGAAGAAGUAUCAUUUAAGACAAGUCUAGUUGGACAGCUGCAUCUUCUCUCAUCAACAGUGACCAUGCUGGCUGUGCCAUCCCCUUCUUUAACUGCUACGUUGGCUCGUGGAGGAAACUCUCCAGCUGUAGCCGUUCCAUUAGUUGCUUUGGGAACUCAAAGUGGGAUGAUUGAUGUCAUUGACAUCUCCGCAAAUGCUGUUGCUUCAAGUUUUUCUGUUCAUAGCAGUGUGGUACGAGGGUUACGAUGGCUAGGAAAUUCGAGACUGGUGUCAUUUUCUUACACACAGGGGAGUGAGAAAACAGGAGGCUAUAUCAAUAGGCUUGUAGUGACCUGUCUUAGAAGUGGACUUAAUCGAACAUUUCGAGUUCUACAAAAGCCAGAGCGGGCACCAAUAAGAGCCUUGAGAGCUUCAUCUUCCGGAAGGUAUCUUUUAAUUUUAUUCCGGGAUGCACCUGUUGAGGUUUGGGCAAUGACCAAGACUCCAAUUAUGCUAAGAUCAUUAGCUCUUCCUUUCACUGUUCUUGAAUGGACACUACCAACAGUUCCCCGUCCAGCACAAAAUAAAGUUUCUAAGAGCUCAUCAUUUUUAUCCAGAGAUCAUGCACCGACCAGGACCUCUUCCCCAACAAAGGCAUCUUCAACAGAUUCCAAGGAAGCAGGAGGUGAUGGAUCUCAAGAAGAAUUUUCAGAAAGUUUUGCAUUUGCAUUAGUAAAUGGUGCACUUGGAGUUUUUGAGGUUCAUGGACGAAGGAUUCGAGACUUCAAACCAAAGUGGCCAUCAUCUUCAUUUGUUUCCUCUGAUGGAUUAAUUACGGCCAUGGCUUAUCGUCUGCCUCAUGUUGUUAUGGGAGACAGAUCAGGGAACAUACGCUGGUGGGAUGUUACUACUGGGCAAUCAUCCUCAUUUAACACUCACAGGGAAGGUGUUAGGAGAAUCAAGUUCUCACCAGUUGUUCCAGGAGAUCGUAGCCGUGGACGUAUUGCUGUUUUAUUUUAUGACAACACAUUCUCUGUUUUUGAUCUUGAUUCAUCAGAUCCAUUGGUCAAUGCCCUCUUACAACCGCAAUUUCCUGGAACGCUUGUUCUUGAGCUUGACUGGUUGCCUUUGCGAACAGAGAAGAAUGAUCCACUGGUGUUGUGCAUUGCUGGAGCUGAUAGUAGCUUUCGUCUCAUUGAAGUGAAUGUAAGUGACCAGAAAAUGGGCUUCAUUCCUCAAGCUCGAUCGGUUAAGGAAAGGUUCCGACCGCUGCCUUUGUCCUCCCCAAUAUUGCUGCCUACACCACAUGCACUGGCAUUGCGGAUGAUUUUACAGAUAGGUGUGAAGCCCAUGUGGUUUAAUACAUUCAGUACAACCAUGAACAAGACACAUUCACAUAUUCCUGGAACUCCAUCAUCUGGAGAUCUUCGCAGUUAUAUGCUUGAUUCACCACGUGUUGGUGACUCUGCAGUUCUGGAGAUGCUUCUUAAAGUAUUAGAGCCUUACCGUGAAGAAGGCUGCCUUCUUGAUGACCAGAGAGUGAGACUCUAUGCUAGUCUUGUCAACAAAGGUUUUGCAGCAAGGUUAGCAUUUUCAGCUGCAGUUUUUGGUGAAUCCAUGGAAGCACUUUUCUGGCUUCAAUUACCUCAGGCUCUUAAGCACAUGAUACAUAAAUUGGUUAACAAGUCACAGAAAGGCCCGCAGCCAGCUGUAACUCCAGAGAUUGAUGAGGCAUCCAUGUUGAGUAGAAUCUCUUCAAAAGGAAAAUCAAUGCCUGGAGGAGGGAAAAAGAAUCCAUUGGGUAACGGCCAACUUAGGUUAAUGGCUUUUGAACAAGCGGAAUUAUGGGAGUGUGCUAGUGAACGCAUUCCUUGGCAUGAAAAAUUGGAGAGUGAAGAGGCAAUUCAGAACCAUAUACAUGAACUUGUGUCAGUUGGGAACUUGGAGGGUGCUAUUAGUUUACUGCUCUCUACUCCUCCAGAGAGCUCUUACUUCUAUGCCAAUGCUCUGCAAGCUGUGGCUCUAUCAUCUGCAGUGUCAAAAUCUCUACUUGAACUUUCUGUCAAGGUGGUUGCAGCAAAUAUGGUUAGAACUGACCGGUCAUUGUCUGGCACGCACCUGCUUUGUGCUGUUGGGAGGUAUCAAGAAGCUUGUUCUCAGCUGCAAGAUGCUGGCUGUUGGACCGAUGCUGCAACUCUAGCUGCAACACAUUUGAAAGGGUCUGAUUAUGCAAGGGUUUUGCAGAGGUGGGCUGAACACGUCCAUCACGCUGAACAUAACAUUUGGAGGGCUCUGAUCUUGUACGUUGCUGCUGGUGCACUGCAGGAGGCACUGGCAGCCCUUCGUGAGGCACAGCUACCAGACACGGCAGCCAUGUUCAUAUUUGCUUGCCAUGAAAUCCUUGAUGAAUUUCUAUCCAUCCCGGAUUUUGAUGAAUCUGAUUCUUCAACAAAGAGUAAUAAGCUCGACUUACCUGGGCUGAACCCGGAGAAUGAAGAUGUUAUUGCAGUUGGUGAAUAUUAUGGACAGUAUCAAAGGAAAUUAGUACAUCUGUGCAUGGACUCUCAGCCGUACUCCGACUGA